CAACUGAAUAGUAAUUCGACUCACUGUCGUUUGAGAAAGGGAAGAAUAGAGGGCAGCUUGUAGUGAACAGCUGUAAAGGGUUCGGGGUAGUGUUUUUGAAAUUAUUUUGUUUAUACAGCCUGCUUGUUUCCAAAUAAUUAUCCUGGCGAAAGGUUGAACGGUGAAAUGGAGGCGGACAGAUCCGGCGGAGGACCAAACCCGAACUCCGGAGGCGGUGGCGGCGGAGGCAGUGGUACUAGCGGAGCGGGGCGCAACCCUAACGGGCCCAAAGCAGGACCGGGCCAGACGACAUCGGGUGCCGGAGUCGGGCCAAUGGCAGCGGCAGCCGGAGCCAUCCCCGGGUCGUUCCUGCCUCGAGAGGCGCAGGACGGGGACUCGGGUAUGACGCUUCCCGGGAUCCUGCACUUCAUCCAGUACGAGUGGGGACGCUUCCAGGCCGAGAAAUACCGCUGGGAGGCUGAGAGGGACGAACUCAGGGCUCAGGUGGCAUUCCUGCAGGGGGAAAGGAAAGGCCAGGAGAACAUGAAACAAGACCUAGUGAGGCGGAUCAAAAUGUUGGAGUAUGCCCUCAAACAAGAAAGGGCUAAGCACCAGAAGCUGAAAUCUGGAAACGACCAGAGUCCUGGAGACAAGAAGCCUGAGAUGGAGGCAGAUCAGCUUCCCAACGGACCAGCUGAGACCGACUCCGAGCCACCCAAUCAAAUGUCAUGGAAAGAGGGUCGUCAACUACUACGCAAGUACCUGGAGGAAGUCGGCUAUUCAGACACCAUCUUAGACAUGCGCUCCAAACGUGUGCGCUCCCUGCUGGGGCGGAGCAGCCCGGAGGCCAACGGGCCCCCGUCGAGUGAUGGCUGUCCGGAACCAGAACCCCGAGCGGCUGGAAACUCGUUGUUGGUCAGACAAAUAGAAGAACAAAUUAAAAAGAACGCAGGCAAAGAAAGCUCCAAGGAGAGCGUCGGCAGCUCGGUGCUCGAUAAGAUCCCCUUCCUUCCCGGCUGCGAGGACGACGACGAAGAAGACAGUGACGAGGAAGACGACUUCCAAGGCAUGACCACCGACUGCAUCGACGGUCCGCGCAAAAUCAAAAAGCCCCGUGUAAAGAUAACUUCAGAGCCCAUGACUACAGAUCUGGACCCGGAGGACGAGGAGGAUGAGGACGACUCAGAAGACGCCCUGAAUGAAUUUGACUUUCUGGGCUCGGGGGAGGAUGGGGAGGGGGCGGGAGAGGCCCGGAUCUCGGGCGAUGGACGGGAGAUAGAAAACCGCAGGAACAAGCUGCAAGGCAUGAUGUCGGACUUCCCACCCAAACCAUCUCCGCCCCCGUCUGUAUCGGGACAGGCUCGCUCCGGGGAAGGUGGUGCCCUUGGAUUCUCCUCUGACGUCUUCAUCAUGGACGCCGUUGGAGGAGGCGACAUGAACCUGGGUGAACUGGCGGAUCUCACCGUCGCCAACGACAAUGAACUCUCCAUUGAUAUGCAGGACAACAGAGAGGAGUUCAAGAAGACCUGGAAUCCUCGCUUCACGCUGCGCAGCCACUUUGACGCCAUCCGGGCGUUGACGUUCCACCCCAGCCAAGCUGUGCUGCUCACGGCGUCUGAGGACGGCACGCUAAAGCUGUGGAACCUCAACAAGGCCAUGCACUCAAAAAAGAACGCAGCUUUGGACGUUGAGCCCAUCUACACCUUCAGGGCACACAGCGGAGCGGUGCUGUCGCUGACCAUGAGUGAGGACGGAGAGACCUGCUACAGCGGCGGUCUGGACGGAAGCGUCAGAUGUUGGAAGAUGCCCGACCUCAACGUAGACCCUUACGAUAACUACGAUCCUGGCAUUCAGAGCAGCGUGCUGGACGGCCACGAGGACAGCGUUUGGGGUCUGACGUAUUCGUCGGUUCACCAUCGUCUCGCUUCCUGCUCGGCUGACGGCACGAUUCGCCUCUGGGACCCUCAGAACUCGUCUCCCUGCAUGUCCGUCUUCAACAAGGAGAGAGAGCACGGAACCCCGACUUCUGUGGCCUUUGUGACCACUGACCCCAACCAGGUGGUGGUGUCGUUCGACAGCGGAGAGACGCUGCUCUACGACCUCAACACGGAGCAGAGCGUCACCGCGCUAGAGACGCAAACGAAAGACGGCAGUGAACUAAUCAAUCGCGUCGUCAGUCACCCGAAUGAACCCGUUUCCAUUACUGCACACGAGAAUCGCACCAUCCGCUUCAUGGACAACAAGACUGGUAAAGUUGUCCACUCCAUGGUGGCUCACUUGGAUGCUGUCACAUGCCUCACUACGGACCCUAAAGGCACUUACCUCAUCUCUGGAAGCCACGACUGCUCGGUGCGUCUGUGGAUGCUGGACAACAGGACGUGCGUGCAGGAAAUCACCGCCCACAGGAAGAAGCACGACGAGGCCAUUCACGACGUGGCCUUCCACCCGUCCCAGCCCUUCAUCGCCAGCGCUGGCGCAGACGCACUCGCCAAGAUUUUUGUGUGAAUCCACUGUUGCCAUUUUGCGUCCUGAAACCGCAACUGG